CUACGAAGAAGGCAUCUGUUUUCUCUUAAAAAAAAAAAAAAAAAAAAAAAAAUCCCGGAAAACUCCAAAAAUCUCCAUUUUUCUUCUUCUUCUUCUUAAAACCUCUCACAGUCACCUGCAUUUCAGAAGCUUUAGUUUGAAUGAUCACGAAGAACCUUAAUAAUUGCUUCAUUUUGCAUUGUUUACACUGAUACCCCUUUCCCACUCACUCUCACUUCCUGGUUCAGUGAUCGUAACCGCAGAGAAGGGGAGUUCCGGUUUUUUGUGGCGGGGAUGGCAUUUUCUUCGUGAGAAAGGGAUGAGAUUGAGGGCGGAAUCGGGCCCCUGAUGGGCGUGGCCAAGGCGAGCCCCGCUCUGUUACAGCACCUGAACGGCGGCAACAGCGACACGCCAGUGUGUUGGAGGUCUGCGCCGGGGCAGCAGCGGAAGCCUGUCUCCUUGACGGUUGUUUGCGGCGUCAUGCUGUUCUGCUUGGGCUUGAUUUCGCUCUUCACUGGCCACCUGGCUUCUUAUCUCGAGUGGUACUCUCAGAGACUCGUGAAACGGAGUUUCUUCUCCGAAUUGGAGGGGAUUAGUCGCGGACCCAUUGAUAUUUGGAAAUCUGAAUAUUCGAGGUACUUCAGUGGAUGUAGCCAAAGGGGUCCUAAUUUUGCUUCUGCUGUACGUGAGCAGUCAUCAAAUGGUUAUUUGCUUAUUGCAGCCAGUGGUGGACUGAAUCAACUAAGAACAGGAAUAACAGAUGCUGUUGUUGUUGCUCGAAUUCUUAAUGCAACAUUAGUAGUUCCAGAGUUGGAUCAUCAUUCCUAUUGGAAGGAUGAAAGUGACUUUAUCAACAUUUUUGAUGUUGACUGGUUCAUUUCUUACCUAUCAAAAGAUGUGACCAUUGUCAAAAGAGUUCCUGAUAAAUUCAUGCGAUCAAUGGAAAAACCUCCAUAUACUAUGCGUGUCCCAAGGAAAUCCUCCGCUGAAUAUUAUCUAGAUCAAGUUUUGCCAAUACUUUUGAGGAGACGUGUUGUGCAGCUGACAAAGUUUGAUUAUAGACUGGCAAGUGACAUUGAUGAAGAGCUUCAAAGGUUGCGUUGCCGUGUUAAUUACCAUGCUUUGAGAUUUACAAAACCUAUAGAAGAACUUGGUCAGAAGCUUGUCAUGAGAAUGCGUCAGAUGGCAAAACACUAUAUUGCAGUCCAUUUGAGGUUUGUCCAAAUUAUUGACAAUGUUUAACUGGAUGUAACAUGCAUGCUGGCCAGAUUUACAUGAACACAUCCUUUUCAGAAUUUUAUGGUCUACUUCUCUAAUAGUCUUUUCCUUUUUAUUUAUUUAUUUAUUUUUUUAAUUUUUUAAUCUACUAAUCUUUUUUUCUUCUCUUGGGUAUGGGUUAUGCCCUCUAAUUCUCAGAUCAAAUAAGGUAGUUAUAUACUU